AUGAGCACCACGCCCAACCCGGAUCACCCCGUCCUCGCCCGCGUGAAGCAGGCUUUCCCGAACGCCCGCCUCCGCGCCACGGAGUACCGCGGGCAGAGCACGCUCAUCGUCGAGCCAAAGGACCUCAGCGAGGUCAUGACAUUCCUCCGCGAUGACGAGGACUGCCGCUUCGAUUUCCUCUCCGACGUCUUCGGCGUCGACUACCUGAACUACCCGAGCGAGACGAUCGGCCGCUUCGCGGUGAUCUACAACCUCUGCUCGUACGAGCGCGACGACCGCCUUUUCGUGAAGGCGUACCUCGACCCCACCGGACCCACCGACGGCAUCGACGACGACCCCGGCCUGCACAUCGAUUCCGUCUGCCCCAUCUGGCCCGGCGCCGAGUGGAACGAGCGCGAGGUCUUCGACAUGUUCGGCAUCCGCUUCGACGGACACCCCGACAUGCGCCGUAUCCUCCUCUGGGAGACCUACCCGGCACACCCGCUCCGCAAGGACUACCCCGUGAUCGGCCGCGGCGAGCGCGAGAACUUCAAGAUCGUCAGCCGCACCGACGCGUAG